AUGACUUUUUUGGAAGAAAGAGAUCUGGAUAAUGUGCAGACGAUACCAGAAUAUUAUAGAGGAAAAACUAUUUUUAUGACAGGCGGUUCAGGUUUCAUGGGAAAAGCCUUGAUAGAAAAACUCCUCUAUUCGUGUCCUGACUUGGAAAAAAUCUACCUCUUACUGCGUCCAAAGAAAGGAGUGCAGCCACAUGACCGUUUAUCAGCAAUAUAUAGCUCACCUUGUUUCGAUCGUUUGCGCAAGGAGCGCCCAGGAGUUUUCCAAUCGAAGGUUUUCUUUAUAGCUGGAGAUGUUAGCGACAUCGGCCUAGGUCUGUCUGAAGAUGAUCGGGCAAUGCUUUUAAAUCAGACACAAAUUUUAUUUCACGUUGCUGCAAGUGUAAGGUUUGAUGAUCCUUUAAAAGUAGCUGUAAAAUUAAAUCUUUUUGGUACGAAACAAAUUGUUGAUCUGGCGAAAGAUAUGAAAAAUCUAGAAAGUUUCGUGCAUGUAUCUACGUCGUAUUCAAACACGAACAGGGAACCUAUUGAAGAGAUAUUAUAUCCAGCGCUUGGUGAUUGGAGAGAGACUUUGGAAAUUUGCGAAACAACUGACGACCAUACAUUAAAGGUUUUGACUCCGAAGUUUAUAGGCGAACUACCGAACACUUAUGUUUUCACAAAACAACUAGCAGAACACGUGGUGUACGAACAGAAAGGAAAAAUGCCUAUAGUCAUAGUCAGGCCGUCUAUUGUAAUAUCCAGUCAUUUGGAACCCAUUCCCGGCUGGAUUGAUAACUUCAAUGGUCCCGCAGGUAUUAUGGCAGCAUCUGGCAAAGGUAUACUUCGUACGAUAUUGUCAAGACCAGAAAUUAUAUCAGAUUACAUACCCGUUGAUGUGGCUAUAAAAGGUUGCAUUGUGGCUUCAUGGAUUAGAGGAACUAAGAAGUUAGAACCUACAGAUGACAUACCUAUAUAUAAUGAUUGUGUUGGCAAAUUAAAUCACAUGACGAUGCAAGACCUUGUAUCUGUGGGUUCUCAGAUGGCACAAAUUUCACCUUUAAAGAACGCACUGUGGGCUUACGGACUUUCUAUAACUACAUCCAAAUUCAAAUACAAUCUCGAAGUGCUUUUAUUCCACAUGUUGCCAGCGCUACUUCUUGACAUGAUAUUGUGGAUUAUUGGAAGAAAACCCAUGCUAGUCAAAGUUCAGCGUCGUAUUUACACAGCGAAUAUGGCGUUGCAUUACUAUCUGACUAAACAGUGGACAUUCAGCAACAAAAACCUCAUCACACUGAGAUCUAAGAUAAAGGAGGCUGAUUUAAAAGAUUUCUAUUAUGAAAUAGAAAAUAUUGAUAAAUACGAAUUCUAUAAGCAAUGCUGUUUGGGAGGCAGGAAGUAUCUUUUGAAAGAGGCGGAUGAUAGUUUACCUAAAGCACAGGCGCAAUACAAAAGAAUGGUUCUUUUGGAUAAACUGUUGAAGAUCAUUUUCUACGGAUGUUUGAUCUGGUGGAUUUUGAAAAGAGAUUUCAUCCAAGAGUACAUACAGAUCAUCAAUUAA